AUGUACUGGCCGGAGAACCUCAACGAAUCCAUCCAAUACGAGGACGUUGUGGUGGAGAUGACCAACUUCUCGCAACUCAACAAGUACAUCAUCCGCAACUUCCGCAUCUCCAUGACUUUGUAUUCCUCUAACGUUGUGGGAGAGAGUUCAUCUGAACAACCUGCCGAUGAUUUCACUUUGGAAUUCCAGAACCACGCCCACAUCUGUCAGUUCGACUGCCAGACGUUCGGCAGAGGCUAUCCCCACUCCACCUUCGUGCCCCGCUGGCCCAUGUGUGGUCGGUGCCACUGUGACCUGCUCUGUGUCUUCUACCGCGACUGUUGCCCUGACGUCAUCCUGAACGGCCACGUCAGCGACUACAACAUCACCAACGAUGACGUCACGGAGUGUGUGGGCCUGAUCCCCUUCCCGUACCUCAAUCGAACACUGGAGUUGAGCGAGUAUGCUGCGAUGGUCAGCCGAUGUCCAAGGGACCGCCAGAGCUCUCCGGACACAGACCGCUGCCACAGACCGGACAUCAGUCUCAUGGACCAGACAUUUCCGGUAUACUCAGACAUCACAGGUCACACAUACCGCAACAUCUACUGUGCACGCUGCCACGGCCUGGAUCUCGGUCACGUGUCCAACUGGACAGUGGACCUCUGGUGCGACACCACCCCGGAACUCCUCAUCCAGAGGACAAGGACACGCGAAGACAUCUUCAAACUGCUCUUCUCCUACGACGGGGUCAACGCCACCGGAUGCCACGUGGCCUACACGCCGGAUGGGCGUGGCUCUCAGCGUACGUGCACCACACGUGACCAGCAGGUGACUAGCGCGUGCAACGUGAGUGGACAGGUGGAGUACUUCCCAAAGGACAUGGAGGACGCUUGCGCGAGCUACACGUCUGUGUUUGGCUCCGCCUACAGGAACAUGUUCUGCUACUUGUGCAACAAGUCUCCCACGCACUUGGAGAUGUUCAGACAGUUGGUCCAGUACGGAUACACCGGUCACGUGGCCAGGGUCAGCUACCAGGCACUCGUGGACUUUCGCGGGCUGGGGGAGGAGCAACAGGAAGCUCCGCCCACUCGGGAACUGACGGACUGCCCGGCCGGGGCUUUUUAUGACUCAACAACGUGUAGCUGUCGCGAGCCGAAGUGUGGAGAGGCGAGGUACCGCGCCGACAACGCCACCUGUCGGGGUUUCCUGGUGUCCCAACUGCUGGGCUACAAUGUCUGUCUCAGAGUUAGCUUCAAAUCUGACCAGACGAACAUCUCCCAGAUGGCAGUCAGAUCCAUCCAGAACCACUUGGUCAACGGCAACAGAGCCGAUUUUGUCUUGAUUAAAUUCUCCGUCUACAUCGACGAGUGGUGUGAAGGUGGGAAGACGGCCUCUGUGCUGCUUCGUGCUAAUGUGGCCAUGCGGGAAUCUGUGGAGUUGUCCGCGGCGGACGAAGCUGUGGAGAAGUUGAAGACUGACGUGGUGGAAAUUGUUACCUUCAUCAUGAACGGCGAUCUCGAUGGUGAGGUGGAGGUGGUCGCUGCCCCACACUCUGACUGUCAAGGCUGGGGCGCUCAGUCUUUUCCUUGCCCCGCCGAAAGAGAUGUGUCUCUGAGGGUAAGAGAAAGUUAUGGGAUGCUGAUGCUUAGUUUGUCACGCUUGGUAAAAAAUAUUUAUUACAUGAAUUACUACGAGACAAACAAAUGUCUGUUUGUGGAAUUUUCCAAAGAAAAUUUCACCGAUAUCGAUAAAGCUAAUGUUUAUAUUCUUUCCUCUAACGUAACGAUACCACGUUCAAAAGUAGAGAUAAUCGAUAGCGAAUCUGUGAGAAUUUGUGUAUCCGACUACCUACAUUUACUAAGACCACCAACCGAAGUAUGUCUUGGGAUUGAAUCGGGCUCCGACUAUUUCGAUACUUGGACAACAUCCGGUCUGGUGUCGAUCGUCUGCACAUGCGUAUCGCUAUCGUGUCUGCUGCUGACGUUUGUCACCUACGUCACGGUCCCGACACUGAGAUCCGGCGGCGGGAAAAGUAUCGUGAUGCUGACCGGAGCUUACAUCCUGGCCCAGGCCAGCUACGAGUUCACGAUCGAGCAGUUCGAGAACCCCCUGCUCUGUUCUUGUUUCGGGGUUUUCAUCCACGCCAGCUGGCUCUUCGCGAUCUUCGCCACCAACGCCUGCACCUUGGAGCGGUUCUACAAGCUCCGGUUCCCGCUCUCCUCCCGCUCCUUCUUUCUAUCCCAGAAGCCGUUCUUUCUCGCCACGUUCUACUCGAUCGGCAUGCCGGUCACCAUCGUAGCUCUGACCAUCAUUGUGAACCAGCUGACCAGAUAUGACCUCGGCUAUGGCUCCCCCCGCGUCUGUUUCAUCAACAACUCCGUGUCUGUGGUCGUCGCGUUCGCCGCUCCGUUAGGUUUGGUCGUCCUCGUCAACGUUUGCCUUAUGGUAGUCACGGUCUGGCAUCUUAGAAGGAGGUCAAAUUUUGGCGACGGGUCUAGCUUCCACAACAAGCUGGGUCUGUUCGCUUGCGUCCGACUCUCUUUCGUCACGGGUGUCACCUGGGCGCUGGCCUUUCUCUAUGACGUCAUCGACCAAGAGGUGGUUGGCUACGUCAUCACAGGUCUGAUUGGUCUCCAGGGACUUAUGUUUUCCUUUAGUAUGCUUGUCAAUUCCCGCGUGAAGGACAGCUACAGACAACUGUUUCCGAGUCAGCGCAAAAACAAAACCACCUCCGGGGCAAAAGCACCGUACGUAGUGACGUCACGCCAGCCUCAGUCCAGCUCACAGGACGCUACCAAGUCGUCGGAGAUCGCAGACAGCAAUGACGUCACUGUUUCCACAUCAGAAGGCAAAGAGAACACCGCCAUUUCUCCAGUGCCGUCUGCGGGGCAAGAGGCAUGAAAAUAGCCCACACAUACAGAAAAACGACAUUUAUUAUUUGUUUUAGUAAGAGUUUCAUGGCACUUGCAACACAAUAAGG